GUUACAUGAAACUAAUAUGGCGGCCAUGAACACAUUUUACUUCCUAUUUGAUUAAAAUAUAACGCAUUUGUUGUGCUUUCUUGCUUAUAAAAAGAAUGUGAUAACACGUAUAUAGAAUAGUGUUGUCUUUCUUUCAAGAUGGCGGCCAGUUGGGGGAAAGCUGCCACCAGUCGAAUAGAUCGAUCACAAUUUGAAAAUGAUGAACUAUUACAACAGCUGGGAACGCAGUUUGAUGUGAAAUUUACAGACUAUGACAAAUGGACAAGAAAAACCAAACUACGACCAUCAGUGAAAGAAGCUGAAAAAGAGAGGGCUAAACGAGCAGCGUCAGCAGAAUCCUGUCGACACGGCCAGCUGACAUACAGAGAGAAGAAAGAACAGGCCAAAAAUCAGGAGGAGGAAAAGGAACGAUCAGAGAGGAUUAAAAUACUCCAGCUGCGGAUUAAAACAAGAAGAAAAACACAUGAAGAAUAUGAAAAAAGAUAUGCAGAGCUAAUUGAACAAAAUAUAAUUCUGCAAGAUCAAAUUGAGUCAAAAGAAAAAGGUACCCUCGAUCAUGUGAAAGGAUUACUAAGAAGAUAUGAAAAGUACAGGGGUGGAAUUUCUACACUGAACUCACAUUUUAACCGAGAAUAUGCUCGGGCAAAGCAGGCGUUAGCUGACACAGAGGCUAAGCUCCAAGAAAGAAUGAAAGUUAUAGAACGAGAAGUUGCAGAUUUGGACGGGAGACUCAAGGUGAAACAAGAAGAGCUUCACGUUCUCCUGAACUAUAAGGACAAGGAGUACCCUGUAAAGGCAAUGAAGAUUUCCAACCUACAGAAGGAAAUACAGACACUGAAGAUAUCUAACGAGGAGGACCAGGAAGAGUUGGAGCACAUAACAAGGACAGAGUUGUCCAAGUAUGAGCGAGAACGGCAAUCUGUGCAGAACACAAUCACUAAACAAGUCACCGAGGGAGCAAUACAAAUGAUGCAUCCAAGUUUGAAAGAUAUGGCAUUACAAAAUAUGGUCAUGAAGAAGGAAAUUGAACUACAUAAAAAGCAGCAGGAAGAAAUACAGAAACAAAAUGCCGAGCUCGAGAAAUACGUGCAUGAUUUACUACGGGAUCCUAAAACUAACCUUCGUCAACAGAUGUUCCCAGAAUUCUUUCUAUAUCAGGAAAAAUGUACCCCGGAUAUGGAGGUAGUUCUGGACAUUCCAAGACAACAGUGGCUUCCUAUCUAGACUGAGUUGCCGAGCUACUUGUGUUCUGUUGUCUCCAUAGAUAACUGUUCUCCUAAAUCCAAAUUAAACUGGAUAGUAGUUCUUAUGGAAACUGUCAUGUGACUUUUACAGAAACUUGACCUAAUAUAAGUGAUUUGUAGUUACCAUGGAAAGUAGUUCUACAGUAAAAAACUGACAUAUUUCUGUUAUUCAGUGUGAAGUUCACAAGUUUAAUAUAUAUAUAUAUAUAUAUAUACAUGUGUAUGUUAUUUUUUAUGCAUUAAAACAUAGCAGGUGCAUUUACUUCGGACAUUUGUGUCAUAAAUAAGUAACUGAACACUGAAGGUUGUAACAAGUUGAUCAGUUUUUGUUAUAGUCUUAAACUGUGUAUAUAUUUUUAGUAACAUACCCAAUUCUUUAACUUUUUGUGCUAACUUCAUUGAUGUUAAACUGCUGAUUAUAAUGGUCUGUGAUAGAUGUUAUUGUAAGAGUUGAUCAGCAUUUGUCAAAGAAAAUAUUGUUUUUCCUUUGUUUUUAUGCAUACUUUUUUAUUGUUUUCAGACAUGUGUUAGCCACAAUAUUAUAAAUGACUGAUAAUAAAUAUUGA